AUGGUUUAUCGAGCGUCUGCUCUCCGAGGCUUAGCCAUCACUCAGCUUGUAUUUGGUUCUUUAAUGAUAGUAUUUGGUAUUGCAAGCCUUAUCGCUGUACAUCACUGGUCUUCCUACGCUGGUUUUGGAAUAUGGGUCGGCAUUUGGGUAAGGAAUCGAAACUAUAUAGUUUAAGUUGAAGGAACUUGAUGCGCAAUUUUUAGCUCAAACGGAAGAUUCAAGACAUUUUUCGUUCACUUCGGGUGGUUUGGUGUAUUUCACAGAAAACUGAGGAUGGGAUACAAAAUGGAUGUCUGUUUACAAGUUUAAUAUUGGUUUUUAUUAUCUGAACUAAGUUGUUGGUUGAUUGUAACUUAAAAGUGCUCUGCUUGCAAUACGCGCAUUAGACACCAGUUAGAGGUGAUUUGUUAAUACUGAAUUUUGUUUUCAUACUUGUAAUGUAGUGGGAUUUCUUUACAUGUAAAAUCUACGAGCAGCCUCCUCGGUCAAAGUUAAUUUUUAGCGUCGCAGCUGUAAAUUUACGUCAUUGGACGCAGCGUUAGGGGGGCUACUUGGGUUAAUUUUUGCUUGGUAAAUGCUGCUGGCCUCUCAGAGCCCCAUUAUAGUUUAUUCUGUGGCCAAUUAUAGAUCCCAUCUUAGUCACUUCUGGGCAAAUAUGUAAUUUUCGCGAUCCCAACUUAUUCACUUUCUAUUUGUGUAUCUACCUUAUAUUAAAUGAAGAACACUUUACUUUUCAACUACAGUACAACAUUCUGGUACGUUUGCAUACCAUAAAUAUGAAGAACUGUCUAACCCCCAAAAUCAGAAAAUGUGCGACCCCAUUCUAGUAACUCUAUUGAAAAUGUGACUGCAUUAUAGUCAAUCCAGUCGUCAAAAUGUGACCCCAUCCAGCGGCACAUCCCAUUAGCCUCUUAUAAGGAAGUACCUCCCCCAGGAGCAUUAACAUGGCAACUCUGCACAAGCACUUUUGCUUUCAUCCUCUGCAUCUUCCAGGCCGGCUUCUUUUUACACAUUUUGAAAAGCUACCUCCGCAGUCCUGCAGUCGUCAGAAUCUACAUAAAAAGUGCAAAAAUCAAGUCAGGCUCCAUAUGCAUCUUUGUAAAUCCUUUAAGUAAAAUUAAGGGAUCAUUUCUCAACUCCAGAACUGCGCAUAUGGGACUGCAAGAGCAGCCAUUCUACUUACCUGAUGUUACAAUAUAAAUCGACAAUAGGAUUUUAGGAUCAGUUGUUAUGUUUUACUUGAUUUAUAGUUUCAUUGUUUACAGGAUAAUAGGUCUGUAGUAUACAGUUGACUCCCAGUAACUCUACCCUUGCUACAAAUGUAACUUAAACCUCACGCAACCUCGAACCAAAAUUGAUUUCCUGUGGAUUUCUUUCAUUUUUAUUUCAUUUACUGUAAUUUUACCCUCAGUAACUGGAACCAUGUUUUGAGAGCAAGACAUGUCGGAGAAAAAAAAAAAAAAAAACAGUGUACUGCAGUCCAAAGCACUGAAUUUGUUUGUCAGUUGAGGCUCGUGCUGAUUCUCCAUCGAGCGUGAAACAGCUUUACUUCUCAAAACAGUGCUUGAAAAACCUGCGCUCUUCUUAAGGCCCUGUUUUGUUACUUUGUGUUCUGGUUAAUAAUCUGGAAGAAUUGUUCUAUUUUCACUUGACAUUUGUACAAUUUAAUGUGGUUUUACAUGUUGUAAUGUUCACUGUACAGUAAAAGUGUUUUUCCCUUAUUUUUGGUUGUUUGCUCCAAACUCCCAAUAACUUGAACUCUUGAUAACUCGAACCUUUAGUAGAAUUAUCGACUACUUGAUCACUGCGGGACCAUGGGAGUAGUUGAUUGAUAACACAUUGAGGUGGACAUAGCAACACAUCAAAUCACUCGGAUCGGAUCAGACUGGCAAAAUAUUCACCUUAAACUUCUGCCAAAAAUGGUCAUGUUUCCAUUGAAAGUGAUAAUUUGUUUGUUGGUUGUUGUACGACUGUCAGGGUCUUAGGUAAAGCAGGUAGUUUUGUUUUCAUGUUUGCAGUAGAGGACCGUGAAGAAGACUCCUUGUUAAUUAAUCUAUGUGAAAUUUGUGGAGGUCAUUUGCUUACUCACAAAAAGUCAUUGGUAUUGUACCUUUCUUAAUCAUAUUGCCACGAUUUCUUAGUUGUCUCCUCUCAAGAAAACCCAUUCCAUUUAGGUUCAGUGAAUAACAAGAACACUUCACAAGAAACUAGAGAUGGAAAGAAACACAAAAAAUCAGUGCAACAAGAUAAUUCUCUCUCAGCCAUCACAUAACCAAGCCUUUUUGGAAUUGUUUCUUUUUUUGUAUGAAGUUAUGCAACAUAAAAUUCCUAGGGAAGUUAAGCUCAAAAUAAUUCUUUGUGAUGGUUAUAAAGCUGAAUGGUGAAUUUUAACCCCGGUGAUAGAUGAGAAACAAUCUUUGUUAAUUUGUGACACAGACGGCUCAGAACAGGAAUUGAACUUGAAUUUGUUGUUUUGUCAUAGUGUAUCUUUUCAUUUCAUGUAAGCUUAGCCUAGGCAUUUUGAAUAAUGUGUGCUUUUUAUCUCCUGGUAGGUCCUUAUCAGUGGAAUUUUGGGUUAUGUCGGAGCAAAAGAUAAUGCAAACCCAAACAAAUGCUUGGUGAGUGUUAGAAGUACAAAAUGUUGUUGUUAUUUUAGGUGAUCAUACCCUGGGUGGCAGAGAAUUUUCAUGCGUGGUUAAUUGUGGUUUUGGUCAAUUCUUUAUAGUGAUCUACCCACCCAAAAUGCCUCUGGAAAGUGCUUUGAUAGCUCUGAGCCAGUCACAAGCACGGUUUGGUCCAGAUUUUGAACACGAUGGCUGAUUGGUUCAUUAAGGCACCUAAGGGACUUUGAAUCUAAUAUAUGCUACAAUUAGUUGUCAAGAAUAGGACACCACAUGAAAGAAUAUUUCAAACUGUGCUAUUUAUGUUAGGAUAACAAUGGACUCUGCUCUUGCUUUGCUGAAUGUUUUGGGACAGUAGUGAUGGAACGUACGAGCCCCCCCAAAAAAAGUUUGACAGAGAGAAGUGAAGCGCGAGGCAAAUAGCUGACAUGUUUAAGUUUUGGGGGGCAAGCUAGGAUGUUCUGGUGAUCUUGCAGGCUGGAAAUGGAAUAUCAUUGUUGUUACAGCUCUCCUAAGUGCUGAAUAUUUUCAAUUUUACUGCACUGUGAGUGUGUGUGUGAUCAACCAGUAUCCAUAAAUGGCCUAUAGAUAAUGAUUUUUUUGUGUUUGAUUAAUGCCCUUAUUCUGAAAUGGUAUGGCAGAGACUUUGUUGUUUAUGCUAGUAUAAUUACAAAGUUGCAAAUUAUAUUUUACAUCAAAAUUUGUCAAAAUUACAUGUAUUCCUGUAUUCUUUGUCUGUAAUUGAAAACUUAUUUCUGGCAUUACUUCACGUGCCAAUCCAUAUGAUCACAAUGGGAGACGUUCGAUUUGAUUGGUUCAAAUGUUCUGCAAUUAAAAAGCUCAAAGUUCAACAGGGAUAGUAAAAUAAUUAAUGUCAUCGCUCUGAACCAGAGGUUUUCUCUUGUGGCUUCACCCGAAGAUGUGUUGGCCAAAGCAUCCUGCUGCAUGAGAGAAAACCUCUGGUACCCAGGGUAAUAACACCACAUGUGACUUGCCUUACAAGUUAUUUCAUAUGCUUUUUCAUAAACUUUCUUAUCAUAUUUUAAGCUACUGGGGACUCACCGGUCAGCUGUUAGCCAAUUUUUCCACUGUCCCUGGUAACCAUCUCAGAAGUCGAGUUAACUCGGCCCAGUUUCUUCUUGUUUCUAAAGUGGCGAAUGUGGGUUUCACAUAUGGUUACCAUUCUUAUUGUUAUAAAUUAUGAUUAUUGAUAGAGGCUUUUCAUUCUGAAUUAAAUCUGCAUUUGUCAACAGAUUGGAUGUUUCAUGGGAUUCUCCAUCACUGCCUGUGUCAUUACUGGAAUCAUGUUCAUCUGCUACUGUGUUGCUCUCGGGCAAUUUUCCCAUAUCAUGCGUUGCCAGAAAUAUCGUAAUUACUAUGAUUAUUAUGGUUAUUACUCUAACAUAUUCUGUUACUCAAAAUCAGAGCGCUAUGAAGCUUCAGUUGGUGCAGGGUUGGGUUCUUGCCAACUGAUUUAUUCCAUUGUGGUUUUCUUUGUUGCCCUUGCUUCUGCCAUCUAUUGCUGCAAUGCAGUGUGCUGUGGAGCUCCUGCUGUGGGUGCUGUAAGUAGCAUGAUUCUCAUUUGGUUUACCCUUCUUGUACUCAUUGCUGUGUCAAUUUGUUUUUUAAACACUUCAUUAUCCACUUCCUUUGUGGUAUUUUUCUUGGAUAAUGAAGCAAAUAAUUCAAAUGAAACACAGCAAGGUAAAGAACCUCAACUGACAGGAGGUGAAUUAAUUAGUUGACUAUUUUACAAGUAUUGCCAAGGAACUUCACUCUCUCAUAGCUACUAUGAACAAAUCCAGCAAGCAGUUAGGAUGAGGAUUGAACUAGGGGUCUCCCGAUUACAAGGCCAAAAAAAAUUGUAAAUUGUCAUUUGCUUACCCACAGAGCACUUAGGAGUUCUUAAAAACUCAUUGAAACAUGUCCGUGUGCUCCAGAUCGAAUUGGAAUUUGAAAGUGUUGGUUUUUAAGGAGAGUAGAAAACCGGAGUGCCUGGACAAAAACCAGAAUUUUUAGUUGCCAAGGAGAAAUGUUAGUCGCACUGGCGACCAUAUCAGUCGCAAUUUCGAGCCCUGCCAAAUACUGCAAUGUGACCAUUCGAAAGAAACCUCCUAAUCAGUACUUUCACAUGGUACUAUUUAUUUAGUAAAAAUUGUUCUAACUUUUGAGUCUGUGGAUGAAAUCCUUUGGUCAUCAUUAAGAUUAUGUACUGCUUUCGCAUUUAAGGAGAGGAGAAGACCUUAGUGCCUGGACAAAAAUCUCUUACACAAGGGAGAGAACCAACAACCAACUCAACCCACAUAUGGCAUUGACGCCAGGAUUGAAACGUAGGCCACAUUGGUGGGGGGCAAGUGCUCUCACCAUUGUGCCACCCUUGCUCUCCCAGCACUCUAUUAGCUCAGCCUUGCAGCUUCUCUAAAAUCCCUAAAAGUGUUAUCUUACAAAUAAAUAAUUAUACUUUUGUUAUUUUAAAUGUAAUGUAGGUUACCAACCAGCAAGUGAUGUAUGUUGGAGCUCAACAAGUGUACCCAGGGGGGCAAUCUGGUGUUGUGGUUAUUCAACCAAGUGGUGCCGUGGCAACUGUCUCUCAUGGUUACUCAAUGACAGGACAGCAAACAUUCGUCAUACCUCCACAGGUAACUAAUGCUCUAUAUUAGAGGAGCUGUGUCACCACCAACAAACUGAGUGAAACACAUAACUAAUCACUCAUAUCAAGAAAGGAAGGUAUAAAUAAUAUGAGGAACAGAUGAACAAACAUGAACAAGAUUGAAAUGGAUGGCAUGGGAUGGGAUGGGAGACAUUUGUUUGACGCAAAGCUGUGAUUUUGCUACUCACAUUGCGAGUAGCAAAAAUCACAGCUUUGCGACAAGUAAUUAUUACUUUUGACAAGUAAUUUAUCAAUUUCCAUGGCAAUUAAGGACACGCAAUUGGCAUACUGUAAAUCUUAACAAGCCCCCCCCCCCCACCCUAUUAAACCUCCCCCUCCCCUAAUUUUUCUUCGCUAAUAAAUGAUAGACUGUAUUAAUCAAUCACGGCUGUAAAACUUCUUGUGGACUGUCCAUCCAGGAUGGCUUAUUAUUUAUCAACUGGAAGUUUGGAUUUAAUUCUGAUCCUUGGCUGUGUGACCUCCAACGUUCUUGUACUUAGCUUUUCCACUUCGUAUUCUAGUUCUUUAUGGAGAGCUGAUAUUAUCGUCUUUUAUAAAUUAAAUAAGCCCCCCAUCUCCAUUAACACCCCCCCCCCUCAAAUGUGCUUGAAAUAAAUAAGCCCCCAGGGGACUUAAUAGAGGAUUAAUGGUAUAUUAAAAAGAUUAACUAGACAACCAUGACACAACCCCUUUAAGCCCUAAGAGUGAUCAGCAUCAAAUUUCUCCUCGUAAUAUCAAUGCUUUGUGAAACAGAGUAAUCAUGAGAAUUCUGGACAUGAUCACACAGUCUAUGAAUUUGCUUGGUAUUUUAUCAACUUCUCCCCACCACUUUUGUAGGAAAUGAAUAGGGGCAACAAAUGAGAAUUCUUAUUUUGAUCUAAGAGUUUAAAGGGGUAACAGCUUAAUGACAGUGGGUUCUUGUUGGAUAUAACUGGGGCAGCUACCUAUACACUAGUAUGUACUUGCGUACCCAAAAAUAUCAAAGAUAAAUAAAAAGCAAAAUAGAAAAACAAAGCAAAGGAACAAAGGGUAAACAAGGAAUACCUGGAAAACGGUGCAGUUGCCUAGGUAACUCUAGCCUGCGAAGCGCAGACUAUUUCUGGUCAUCACUUCAGGCUAAGGUAACUCUGAUUUAAUGCCCUUUAGAUACUUUUUUAAAAAAUCAAAUGCAGACCAGCUGGGUAGAGGUCCUAUCUGUUAAGAGGAAGAUUCGAACUAAAAAUUCAGGCUGCAUUGUUUUGUUUUCAAUAUUAUCUUGGUUAUCAAAGAAUACAUUAUUAUUUUCUGGCCCCAGUUGCUCAAAAGAUGGAUAAUGCUAUCCAUUAGAUAUCUAUCCAGUAGAAAAAGCAACUGAUUCCCUCAAUACUUGUCCACUGGAUGGUGAUUUAUCCAGUGGAUAGCAUGAUCCUUCGUUUGAACAAGUAAGGACCUGAUGUUGUUAAGAGAUUAAUCAGGUCCUUAGUUGUUUUUGUCUUAUCUCAUAGCCUAUUGUUCAGCAGCCUGCAGGUUAUUGGGCUGUACCAGCCGGGGCCAUGCCUGGUGGAGCAGUUCCAGCUGGAGCCAACCCCUAUCCCAGUACAGCCCCUAUGUCCUAUGCUGGGGCUACUGCUCCAAACCAGGGAGGAGCUCAGGUAACACACUAGUUAUUUUUAUCCGUUUAACUCACAGGAGUGACCAACAUCAAUUUCUCGUAACAAUGUCAAUACAUAAUCAAGAGAGAAAGAUAUGAGAAUUAAUGAUUACUGUGGCAAAAUGCUUUGAUCUUUGAUCAAAAGUCUCUCAACCAAUAAUUAUUUAAGAAAAUUUCUGUGUUGAUAUUUCAAACGUUUUGUGCAUGAUCUUAACUCCUACCACCUUAUUCUAACUUAGUUUCGGAAUUUUUUAAAUUUCAGACAAAAAUUACUCAAAAUAUCAUGCAGGAAAAACAAGGGAGCAUUAAAAUAAAAUCUGCAAAAUUUGACUCCAUAUAAGAGCCGUAUAUGUAUGUAAGAAAACAAUGCACAAAAUGUAGGGAAGUUUUAUUGUAAGUAAAUGUUUUGUAAUUCAGGUCCCCAUCUUGGAUCUUACUAGGUGAAUCUUGUUUGUUUUACUGUUUGCAUUUAAAAGUACAGAUACAUUGUAUGUCACAUUCCUGAUUAUACGUUGGUUAUUGUUGCACUAUCCACAGAUUUAUAAGCAUUCUUGCCAUCUUGCCAUCCUUGUCUAACUUAUCAUUGUCAUAUUUGAAUGUAUUCUGGUCUGAUCUUUAACUCCAUUUUUAAUAGCAGGCAAUGAAGAGUGAAGAGAGACCUCCUCCAUAUUCAUACGGUGCACAAACAGGAAAUGCCCCACCAUCAAUGGCAUCUGAAGGCGGAGUCACUGAGGAUGUGCCUGGAGUUAUGACAGUUUAA